AUGAAGGUGGCGCUUGUGCUAGGAUGUCUGGUAGCGCUCGUGGUGCUAACGAGUGCGCGGGAUAUACGCAAGAAACGAGACGCCGAUCUAGAAGCUGCUGCUUCGAAUAAGCACGAAAAAGGUGGCGGCAAGGAACAUCACUCACAUCACCACCAUGAGCAUGGCGAAAAAGGCCAUAAAGGAUACAAAGGACACCAUCAUCACGAACACGGCAAAAAGGGCCAUCACCAUCACGAAGGCCAUAAGGGAUAUCAUGAUGAACACGAUGGUCACAAAAAACAUCAUCAUCACGAUGAAGGCCAUCAUCACGAACACCAUCAUGGCGAAAAGGGCGAAAAGGGCCACGGUUUUGAAGAAAAAGGUCACUACCAAAAGGGCCAUUCAACCAAAGGUCAUCACGGCGUCCACAAAGUAGACGAAUUCAAGAAGGACAAACAUUUCCACCACAAGCAUGGCGAAUCUGGAUAUGAAGAAGGACACGGUGGGCAUCAUCAUGAACAUGGGCACAAAAAGGGUGGCCACUUCCACAAAGGACACAAGCAUGAUGGCCACCAUGAACACCAUCACGAUAAGAAGGGACAUCAUGAGAAAGGCGGUCACCAUCAUGACCAUAAAGGACAUCAUGAUGAAGGUGGUCACCACGAACACCAUCACCAUCAUUCUGAACAUGGAAAGAAAGGAGGUCAUGAAGACCACAAACAUUGGGGAUUCAAGAAAGGGCACUAA